AUGUUCUCACCUUAUUUAUUCCUCAUCAAAGCUAUAGCCACACUACACAAACCCUCUUCAUCAAACACCUCAAUGCUAAACUCCAAUUGCAAAUACAAACUCUUUGUUAAAAACAGUCUUCCUUAUACUCGGGGACAAUUUGGCACGAGGCUUUCCGUUCAUUGUUUUAGCGCAAACGAAGACUUUGGAUAUCACCUCAUUGGGCUCGACAGAGAGGUCAAUUAUACUCUUUGCUCCAACCCUCGCUCGACUCAGUACCUUUGCACUAUCCAAUGGGUUAAUAAAAAGCCAGACGUUACUAUACGCGCGUUCGAAGCAUACCGUGAUGAUAGAUGCUACAAAACAAAUCUAUGCUUUUACGCGGCAUUAAAAGACGGCAUUUACUUCACCGGGAACUACCCGCCUUCGGGCUUGACGAUGGAGAUCAAACAAGAUGAAACGUUCAUACUACAGGUUGAUUCGUCGGUGAAGCCUUUAAUAGGACAGGAAUUUGAAUCGGCGGAAAAAGUUGUUCGUUUCUACAAUGAAUAUGCUAAAGAUGCAAGAUUUAGCACUAAAAUUAAAAACAGUCAAAACGAUCCAAAAGCUGGCACUCUUGUGGGAAAAAUGUUUGCUUGCUCUAAAGAAAGGAAGACAAAUGUGGCGUAUUGA